UGUCUGCUAGCUUCCAGAGCUGCACUCCAACUCAACUCCCCGACGAAGAGAAUUCACAAAAGGAAGGGAUUCUACUGUUAUUGGUGAAAAGGUCCGUUUGAAGGCUUCCACAGGACAUGGCCGGCUGCGUUAGUAAUAUCGAUUAUCUGCUGGUUGUCUGCUGUUAAACAGGUUAGCUGUUAGCAGGCUAGCUGUAGGACACUGACAGCGGUCAAACGAACGAGGCUAACUACUUCACGCGCGAGCGUCCCCGCGCUGAUGCGGGCGAUGGACACACACCGCCCGGCGGAAGUGUGUCACUCGUCACCGAAAAACCAGCUUAAAUGGUAAAAUGGUCUCACAGACGCGUCUUGCCCGCCGUCUCUGGUGUCUGUCAAAGGUUCAGGUGACUCCGCGAGCAGCCGCUCAGGAGCUAAGCGAUGAUUUGUAUCAGAAGAUAGCAGCAGAGAUGAACUUGUCAGAGACUGCGUUCAUCACCAGACUCAAUCCCUCUGACAGCUUCGCCACAGGCUCGAGGUUUCGUCUGCGUUGGUUCACACCAACCACUGAGGUGGACCUGUGCGGUCACGCCACCCUGGCCUCUGCAGCGGUGCUGUUCCAGCAUGAGAAGAACGUCAAUCCCAGACUGGUGUUUGAGAGCAGAAGUGGAGAUCUGGCAGUGGUCCAGCAGGGAGAAGGCUUCGUCAUGGACUUCCCCCUCAACCCACCCACCCAGGAGGAUGCCAACGAGUUCAGAGACAUCAUCAAGGCAGCGGUUGGGAACAACCCAGUUCAGGACGUUUCUUUGAGCUCCACAAAGAAGCUGUUGAUUCGCCUGGCCGACAGCUGCGACAGGUCGGUGCUGACCAGUCUGACCGUCGACCCCGUUGCUCUGCAGAACUGUGAGAAGACUGGACGAGUCAAAGGAGUAAUCGUUACACAAAAAGGGUCGCCAGACAGCCAGCCAGGCUACGACUUCUACUCCAGAUACUUUGCUCCGUGGUUCGGCAUCCCGGAGGAUCCGGUCACUGGAUCCGCCCACACCGUUUCAGGAAGCUACUGGUCUCAAGUGCUGGGGAAAAAGAAAUUGCUGGCUUACCAGUGCUCCAAGCGGGGCGGGGAGCUGCAGCUGGAAGUGAGAGACGACGGGAGAAUCAACAUCGGCGGACAGACCGUCACUGUGCUGCAGGGAACAAUCAGGCUGUAGAGACAGGCAGACAGCCCGGACCUGCUGACAGGAUCUGUUCUUUACAAUGG